AUGGCCAUGGAACUGGAUCGAGAUAUGGACCGACUGGUUUCUGAAUCGAAUACAUUCUUAUUUCCGAUUCGGGUCAAAUCAAAGCUAAGAGCUUACUCAGUCCGGUUUAUCACCGUAGUUUUUUCCCGUCCAGCCCCGCCUCCCAUAGCAAAUACGUCAGAGAACUUCCAUUCUUACAACUCUUUGCCCCGCGAUUUUUCCGAAACCCUAGAUUCUUUCAAACCUUCGAACCUCAAUGUUCUUUAUGAUCUGAAACCCGGAAUCGAGCUGUGUUGCCGAUUGGUGGCGCGCUAA